CUUAAGUGUAUGCAUUGAAUAUAAAUUUUCUCACACUUCUGUUUCUUUAUCAUCUUCUACACUCAAUCUUUCUAAUCCCUUUCCCUGCCUAAUUAACAAUGUCACAAGCAAGCCUUCUCCUCCAAAAGCAACUCAAAGAUCUUUGUAAGGCUCCUUUAGAUGGCUUCUCAGCAGGUUUGGUUGAUGAGAGCAAUGUGUUUGUAUGGAAUGUCACCAUCAUUGGUCCACCUGAUUCUCUCUAUGAAGGAGGGUUUUUCAAUGCAAUCAUGAGUUUUCCUUCUGAUUAUCCUCAGAAUCCACCAAAAAUGAAGUUUACUUCUGAGAUUUGGCAUCCAAAUGUUUACUCUGAUGGAACUGUCUGCAUUUCAAUUCUUCACCCUCCUGGUGAUGAUCCAGUUGGUUAUGAAGAUUCCGGAGAGCGCUGGUUGCCUGUUCAUACGGUUGGAAGCAUAUCUCUGAGCAUUAUAUCAAUGCUUUCAAGCCCGAAUAUCGAGUCUCCUGCAAACAUAGAGGCUGCGAUAGAAUGGAGAGAUAAUAGAGGUGAAUUCAAAAAGAAAGUGACUCGCUGUGUAAGGAAGUCUCAAGAAAUGUAAUGAAUUACAAGACGAUUUUGUUUGAAUUUCCUAUUUGUUGAGGGAGA